AUGGCCGCCGCGCCGCCGCUCGCCGCGGGCCUACGGCCACCCUCCGCCGGAGCCAUCGCCCCCGCCGCGGCGGCGGCCCUACCCGCGGCUUGGGCCGCGAGGAGGAGGGGGGCUGUCUCGUCGUCGACUCGCUGCAGGGCCCUUCGGCUGUCGAGAGGAGCGGGGUGGGUGGCUCCGGUGGUGGGGAGGAGGCCCCGGACGCUCUCCGUCAGGUGCGCCGCCAGCAACGGGAGGAUUACACAACAAGAAUUCACGGAGAUGGCGUGGCAAUCGAUUGUCUCGUCGCCUGAAGUAGCGAAAGAGAGCAAACACCAGAUUGUGGAGACUGAACAUUUGAUGAAAUCUUUGCUGGAGCAAAGGAAUGGGCUUGCCCGUCGAAUUUUUUCCAAAGCUGGAGUUGAUAACACAAGGCUUCUUGAUGCCACAGAGAAGUUCAUCCAGCGGCAGCCUAAGGUGUUGGGUGAAGAUCCUGGUUCCAUGUUGGGACGUGACUUGGAAGCUCUGAUACAAAGAGCACGUGACUUUAAAAAGGAGUAUGGUGAUUCAUUUGUUUCAGUUGAGCAUUUGGUACUUGGCUUUGCGGAGGAUAAGCGAUUUGGAAGACAGCUGUUCAAGGACUUUCAGAUUACCAUACAGACCCUGAAAACUGCCAUUGAAUCAAUAAGAGGGAAACAAAAUGUAAUUGAUCAAGAUCCUGAGGGAAAAUAUGAAGCUUUGGACAAGUAUGGAAAGGACCUCACAGCUAUGGCACGCCAGGGGAAACUUGACCCGGUUAUAGGAAGAGAUGAUGAAAUUCGUAGAUGCAUUCAGAUUUUAUCUCGGAGAACAAAGAACAAUCCAGUUUUGAUUGGUGAACCUGGUGUGGGGAAAACUGCUAUAGCUGAAGGGCUUGCUCAAAGGAUAGUGCAAGGAGAUGUGCCGCAGGCUCUAACAAACCGCCGGCUCAUAGCACUUGACAUGGGUGCUUUGAUUGCUGGGGCAAAAUAUCGUGGGGAAUUUGAGGAUAGGCUGAAGGCUGUACUCAAGGAAGUCACAGAUUCUGAUGGACAAACCAUUCUUUUCAUUGAUGAGAUUCACACUGUUGUUGGAGCAGGUGCAACAAAUGGUGCAAUGGACGCUGGUAAUCUUCUAAAACCGAUGCUUGGUAGAGGAGAACUACGUUGUAUUGGUGCUACAACCCUUGAUGAGUACCGCAAAUAUAUUGAGAAAGAUCCUGCAUUGGAGCGUCGCUUCCAACAAGUUUAUGUCGACCAACCUUCAGUUGAAGAUACAAUCUCAAUACUCCGAGGAUUACGCGAGAGAUAUGAAUUGCACCAUGGAGUGCGCAUAUCAGACAGUGCACUUGUGGCAGCAGCUCUUCUAUCAGACCGGUAUAUAAGUGGACGUUUUUUGCCUGACAAAGCAAUUGAUUUGGUUGAUGAGUCAGCUGCCAAAUUGAAAAUGGAGAUAACUUCAAAGCCAACUGCUCUGGAUGAGAUUGAUCGUGCUGUAAUAAAGCUUGAAAUGGAGCGUCUCUCACUAACAAAUGAUACAGACAAAGCAUCAAGGGACAGACUAUCUCGACUUGAAGCAGAGUUGUCACUUUUAAAAGAAAAGCAGAAGGACCUGACUGAGCAGUGGGAGCGUGAGAAGUCAGUGAUGACUAAGAUUCAAUCUAUUAAAGAAGAAAUUGAUAGGGUGAAUGUGGAGAUCCAGCAGGCCGAACGUGAGUAUGAUCUCAAUCGUGCUGCUGAACUGAAGUAUGGCAGCCUGAAUGCAUUACAACGCCAGCUUCAAACAACAGAGAAAGAGCUAGAUGAAUAUCAAAGUUCUGGGAAAUCCAUGCUAAGAGAAGAGGUCACACAAGAUGAUAUUGCAGAAAUAGUUAGCAGGUGGACCGGCAUUCCAGUAUCUAAAUUAAAGCAAUCUGAUAGAGAGAAGUUGCUGUACCUAGAGGAUGAACUGCACAAGCGUGUUGUUGGGCAGGAUCCUGCAGUGAAGGCAGUUUCUGAGGCUAUUCAGAGAUCGAGGGCUGGUUUGUCUGAUCCAAACCGUCCCAUUGCCAGUUUCAUGUUCAUGGGCCCUACAGGAGUUGGCAAAACAGAACUAGCAAAAGCCCUUGCUGCUUUUAUGUUCAACACCGAGGAAGCUGUUGUUAGGAUUGACAUGAGCGAAUACAUGGAGAAGCAUUCUGUCUCAAGGUUGAUUGGUGCGCCACCGGGCUAUGUUGGGUAUGAAGAGGGUGGUCAGCUUACAGAAGCUGUUCGGCGGAGGCCAUAUUCCGUAAUCUUGUUUGAUGAGAUUGAGAAAGCCCAUUCAGAUGUAUUCAAUGUUUUCCUUCAAAUAUUGGAUGACGGAAGGGUUACUGACUCGCAAGGGAGGAAGGUGGGCUUCACUAACAGUAUUAUUAUCAUGACAUCCAAUGUUGGUUCGCAGUACAUACUAAACAUGGACGAAGAAGAUGGGCCAACUGAUUCAGCCUAUGAGAAUAUAAAGAAGAGGGUGAUGGAUGCUGCAAGAUCUGUGUUCCGUCCAGAGUUUAUGAACCGUGUUGAUGAAUAUAUUGUUUUCAAGCCACUCGAGAGGGAACAGAUCAACAGCAUUGUCAAAUUACAGCUGUUGAGGGUACAAAAAAGAAUUGCUGACCGCAAGAUCAAACUUGAAGUAUCGCCUGGAGCAGUCGAAUUCCUGGGAAACCUUGGCUAUGAUCCAAAUUACGGUGCCAGGCCAGUGAAGCGGGUGAUUCAACAGUAUGUGGAGAACGAGCUGGCGAAGGGUAUCCUGAGAGGUGAUUUCAAGGACGAGGACAGCAUCCUGGUAGACACCCAGGUCACAGUGCCAUCUAAUGGCCAGCUUCCUCAGCAAAAGCUCGUUUUCCGGAAAGUGACUGAAGAAUCAGCGCCAGCUGCUGAAGACGAGAAGUUCUUGCCGGCUGUUUGAUGUCAUGUUUCUAGCAGACGAGAAAUAAGCAAAUUGUCUUCAGAUCGCUUGUGCGCGAGGAACUUCUGGUUUUCUCUUCCUGCCUUCAUCACUCGUGUACGUCAAUUGGAGUCGAAAAAGGAAAAUGCUCGCUCAGCUUACAUUCAUAAUAGCUUUAAAAGCACACUGCAUAGUAGUUCAGAAUGAUAUUUUCGAUAAUGCUGGUUUACGUCAGUAUAGUGUUUCAUUUUAGUUUCGCUCCCUUUUGCUUCAUAAUUUUUUAGCUCUCGUCGGAUAGUCUUCUCUGAUUCUGCUGCUCCAUAUAUAAAUCCAAACAAGUCAAAUACAAUGGUAAGUUGGUAACAAGACAUUAUCCGCGAUGUUCUUCACACUACAGUAUGAUAGUUUCUCUAGGAUUGAGCCAAGUUUGAAACGUAUGCAGAAUUUGGAUUU